GGGCGGAGCGGGCGCGGCCAUGGCGCUGAACCUGGCCAAGAACGGGCGGGCGCUGCAGGAGGCCUACGGGAGCGUGGUGGCGCCGGGCAGCGCCACGGACUGGGCUCUGUUCACCUAUGAAGGCAACAGCAAUGACCUGCGGGUGGCUGGCUCUGGAGACGGGGGGCUGGAGGAGAUGGUGGAGGAGCUCAACAGCGGGAAGGUGAUGUAUGGCUUCUGCCGGGUGAAGGAUCCCAACUCCGGGCUACCCAAAUACGUCCUCAUCAACUGGACAGGUGAAGGUGUCAAUGACGUGCGGAAAGGAGCCUGCGCCAACCAUGUCAGCACCGUGGCCAACUUCCUAAAGGGGGCUCAUGUCACCAUCAACGCCCGGGCAGAGGAGGACGUGGAGCCUGAACUCAUCAUGGAGAAAGUGGCCAAGGCCUCUGGAGCCAACUACAGCUUCCACAAGGAGAGCAGCAAGUUCCAGGACUCAGGGCCUCAGGCUCCCGUGGGCUCCGUCUACCAGAAGACAAACGCAAUGUCCGAAAUCAAGCGAGUCAAUAAGGAUAAUUUCUGGGCCAAAGCAGAGAAGGAUGAGGAGAACCGGCGGCUGGAGGAGAAGAGGAGGGCGGAGGAGGAGCGGCAGCGGCUGGAGCGGGAGCGGCGGGAGCGGGAGCUGCAGGAGGCGGCAGGGAGGGAGCAGAGGUUCAAAGCCAGAUCCAGUGAAAUCGAAGCCCAGAAGAGACUCCAGCAGCAACAGGAGGCUGAGAACAGGGACAGGGAGCAGCAGCAAUGGAAGGAGCAGGCUGAGGAGUACGAGACCCAACAGAGGAAGGGCUUCAAGAGAAGCGAGUCGGUGGAGAAAGCCCAGGAGGCUGCGACUCUGAUUGCACAGAGAGCCGUGAACCCCCGCGACAUCUUCAAGCAGAGGGAGAGAGCGGGGCCGGGGGACACGGGGACACCAACCCAGCCAGGGAAGCUCCGCAGCCCGUUCCUGCAGAAGGAGGUGAACUCUGUGCCCAGUCCUGCCUCCCACAGCCAGAAUGUUUGGGGGUCACCUCCAGCCUCCCCAGUACCUGCAGCAGGACGAGACUCCGGGUACAAUUCUGGCGUCCCGAUGUCCCAUGUGGAAGAGACGAAUCUGUACGAGGAGCCUCCAGAGCCCUCAGCCAUCUAUGAGGAGCCCCCCCAGGAACGAGCUGAUGAUGCCAAAUACGACUACGGGCUGGAGUACCAGGAGCCGCCGGACCUGGCGGGGAAGGGGCUCUGUGCCCGAGCGCUCUACGACUACCAGGCUGCUGAUGACACCGAGAUCUCCUUUGAUCCUGAGAACAUCAUCACCAACAUCGAGAUGAUUGAUGAGGGUUGGUGGCGUGGCUACGGCCCUGAUGGUCACUUUGGCAUGUUCCCUGCCAACUACGUGGAACUGAUAGAGUAGGGGGGGCUGGCGGGGGGGCUAGUGGGGGGCUCCAGACCCCUGGGACCAUUCCAGCCUCCUGGGACCACUCAGCUCCUGCCUGAUUCUUCCAAAUGACGUGUGGCUUUUUCUUCUUCUCUGUUUCUUUCUCUCUCUAAGUGAAGUGCCAUUCCCCACUCCCUGGGCAGCGGGGUCCCCCCAGGUGCUGCCCCCCUGCCCCCCAUAGCUGCCCUUGGGUGGGUGAAGGGUCCAUCCUACCCUGAACCCCACAGUGCUGGUCUCCCCUUCCUUGGCUUUGGAGUGGGAUGGAGGGAGGUGGCAAAUCCCUCACAGGGCAUUUUCAGGGAACAAAUUACCUCCCCCCUGCGCUCUCUCUCACCCUGUGACCUUGGACCUGCUGCAGCCGCACCGGAGAAGCCACUUUCCCAAUUUUAUUUCACCAGCAAAGCUCAUCAGAAUGAUUUUGGCAUCACCAGGAGAGCUGAAUCCUGGCUCUGUUCCCCCUCCAACCCUGACCACCCCGAGCUCACCACACAUGAACCUGUGUUUUCCUCCCUGCUCUUCCCACCAGAGGGUUUCCCUUCCCUCUCCCCAAAUCAUGCUCCAGGGAUUUAAAUUGGGAGUGAAUAAGCUCCUCUACAGUGCAGAUCCAGCCAGGCCAAGCGGGUGGGACCUCCUCCAUUACCCCAAAUUCACUGUGAACAAGGAAAAGCCCAGCCCCUCCCCCACAUUGAGUUUCCCACCUCAGUGUCACUUUGGGAGUAGAAGGAGAGGAUGGGGUUUUGGGUGUCGGGGGGGUCCUGGCUCACCCACCCCUCCCCCUGGGGAACAUGGUGGCUCCUCUGAGUCCCUCCCCUGGGCUCCUUCCCCCUCCCUCUCCCCCCACCCCAGGCCCUCCCCAGCUACAAUAAAAGGGCUUUUCCUUGGUGA